AUGGAGGGUGUGAAGAUUCUUACCUUGUUUGCAGCAACCCUGCUACUGCUGCCCAACAUGGAGGCGCAGCAUUAUCCUCCUCCCCGCCCUCUCUGUGCGUCCCAAUUUGCACUAGCUAGCUAUGCGUGUUCACUGCUACCAUAUGGUCCUAUGCCAACUCCACAACCUCCCCCUCCCGCCCCUUCACCUCCUGACGACGAUGACGACGACGACGACGAUGAUGGUCACAGUCAUGGUCACGGCAGUGGCAAUGGCAAGGGAAACAGCAACAGCAAUGGCCAUGGGCAAGAACACCACCAAGGACAUGGGCAUGGUCACAAACAACACCGUCGCCAUAGCCACAGGCACAGGCACAGGCACCACCAUAGGGAAAAAUCACUGUCACCCCAAGAAGAUAAUUGCUGCAAAUGGCUGACCCAGCUUGAUAACCAGUGUGUCUGUGAAUUGCUCCUGCGCUUGCCCACCUUCCUCCUUAAGCCUGCACACACUUACUCUGUAUUUAUUGGAUCCUCCUGCAACAUUACAUACUCUUGCUCACACCCAUGA